AGACUAACAGUAAUAAUGGCUGACGACGAGCUUGAGACCUAUAGAUUGUGGAGAAUCCGUAAAACAGUUCUUCAGAUGGUUCACGAUCGUGGUUAUCUCGUAGCUCAAGAUGAAUUAGAUCAACCAUUGGAAACAUUCAAAGUGCAGUACGGAGAUCGUCCCUCUGAAAAAAAGCCGGCUCGCUCAGAUCUGACAAUUCUCGUGGCUCACAACGACGAUCCAGCCGAUCAAAUGUUUGUUUUCUUCCCAGAGGACGCCAAAAUUGGAAUCAAAACUAUUAAAGCUAUCUGCCAGCAAAUGCAAGAACAGAAUAUCUCCCGUGCUAUCAUUGUCGUACAAACCGGAAUGACUCCAAGCGCCAAACAAUCCAUUGGCGACAUGGCCCCAAAGUACAUGUUGGAGCACUUUUUAGAGGCUGAGCUCAUGGUAAACAUCACAGAACAUGAGUUGGUACCAGAACAUGUCGUCAUGACAGCCGAAGAGAAAGCAGAACUACUUGCUAGAUACAAACUUAAGGAUUCUCAGUUGCCACGUAUCCAACAAUGUGAUCCGGUCGCUCGUUAUUUUGGUCUCCGCCGUGGACAAGUUGUCAAAAUCAUUCGGCCAUCGGAAACUGCUGGAAGAUAUAUCACUUAUCGUCUUGUGGUCUAAAUCUUUUCUAAACCCCCUUGAACGUUGAUCUUGGCCCAAAAAUUUUCUGAUUUUGGGUACCUUUGUUAUUUUAUUUUUUGUUUUUCCCGUUAUUAAACCUAUUU